CCUUUCCAGGAGGGUAAGAUGAGUUGGACAGUUGCAGACGCCGUCGACUGCAAGGGCUUUCCUGCUGACAGAUCUAAAACCGGUGGAUGGGUUCCCGCCGCACUUAUCCUUGUGAUAGAAUUGUGCGAGAGGCUUUCAACCAUGGGAAUCGCAGUGAACCUGGUGACAUAUUUGGUGGGGACGAUGCAUCUUGCGAGUUCAACUUCGGCCAACAUUGUGACAGAUUUCCUGGGCACAUCCUUUCUUCUGUGUUUGCUUGGGGGCUUUCUCGCCGAUUCUUUCCUUGGAAGAUACAAAACUAUUGCUAUAUUUGCCUCCGUCCAGACACUGGGCACUGGCAUGCUAGCAAUUGUAACAAAACUACCACAGCUGCAUCCACAUCCUUGCGAUGCAUCUGCCACCUCCCCAUGCGAACCAGCCAAUGGAUUUCAAAUGGGUAUUUUAUACAUGGCUUUAUAUUUAAUUGCACUAGGAACUGGUGGCUUAAAAUCAAGUGUUUCAGGAUUUGGAACUGAUCAAUUUGAUGAGAAAGAUGAGAAAGAGAAAACCCAAAUGGCUUAUUUUUUCAGUCGAUUCUUCUUCUUCAUAAGCUUAGGCACUUUGACUGCUGUUACCGUGCUUGUCUAUGUACAAGACGAAAUGAGUCGAAGCUUGGGUUAUGGAGUUUGUUCGGUCUCCAUGUUUACAGCCAUCUUAAUAUUCUUUUCUGGGACUAAAAGAUAUCGAUACAAGAAAAGUUCAGGAAGCCCUAUAGUUCAUAUUUUCCAAGUUAUUGUAGCUGCUAUACAGAAGAGGAAGAUGAAACUUCCUUGCAAUGCUAGCAUGCUGCAUGAGGAUACUCCUGAGGCAUCAAGAAUUCCUCACACGGAUCAAUUCCAUUUCUUGGACAAGGCUGCAAUUGUUGCUGAAGGAGAUUUUGAGACUAAUUCAUCCCCAAAUCCAUGGAAGCUAUGCCCGGUCACAAGGGUGGAGGAAGUUAAAAUGGUGAUUAGAGUCCUGCCAAUAUGGGCCACAACCAUUACUUUCUGGACCAUUUUUGCGCAGAUGAUCACCUUCUCAGUUGAGCAAGCAACCACCAUGGAAAGAUCAUUUGGAAAAUUUCAAAUCCCACCUGGCUCUCUUACUGUGUUCUUUGUUUCAGCUAUUUUAGUUACUCUGGCAAUUUAUGACCGUCUCAUUAUACCUCUCUGGAAGAAAUGGAAGCGGAAGCCAGGCUUCACCAACCUUCAGAGAAUGGCAAUAGGACUAGUACUAUCAACCACCGGUAUGGUCGCUGCAGCACUAGCUGAGAAGAAACGGCUAUCAGUGGCCAGCUCCGUCGGCCGAACCACCGGAACCCUACCCAUCAGCGUUUUUUUACUGAUCCCACAAUUCUUUUUGGUGGGUUCUGGUGAGGCGUUUUUAUACACGGGUCAACUUGAUUUCUUUAUAACACAAUCACCCAAAGGAAUGAAGACCAUGAGCACUGGUCUCUGCCUCACAACUUUAUCGCUUGGUUUCUUUGUUAGCAGCUUCUUGGUGUCGGUUGUGAAGAAGAUGGCCGAGAGCAAUGGAGGACAAGGAUGGUUAGCCGACAAUAUAAACGACGGAAGGCUUGAUUGCUUCUAUGGUCUUCUAGCCAUUCUAAGUUUCAUAAACCUUCCUGUUUAUAUUAUCUGUGCCCUCUGGUACAAGCGGAAGAAACCUAAAGCUUUGCAGAUAGUUAGUAUUGGUAAUGAUUCCUCUGCGGAGAACAUGUGCUAG